AUGCUGCGACUGCUGGAGAAGCUGCCCCUGGGCCGGGCCCUUGAGUUCCUUCAUAAAAUAGUUGAUGGAAUAUGUGGCCGCGCGUAUCCUCGAUACCAGGAUUAUGGCAGUAUUUGGAACUUGUUGGAGUGGAUGGAGGUUUUGGAAGAAACAGUGACAUAUUUCAAAACCGCAGUUGGCAAAAACAUAUCUGAUGAAGAGGCUGCUCAGCAGGUAAAUGAGUUAAAUUCAAACUAUCAAGAAGCAAUAACAAAAUGUCUAAAAGGCAGAAAGGAAGAAAUCAGGAAUGCACUAGUGGAAAGAGUAAAUGCAAUCUCUUCUGCCCAGCUGCAGGAUUUUGACUGGCAGUUAAAGCUUGCUCUCUCCAGUGAUAAGAUCUCCAUGCUGCAAAUGCCACUUCUCAAUCUUGAUUUGGAUGUGAGAGAAAAUGGUGAAAUUAAACCAAUUUCUAUAGAGAUGAAUAAGGAAGAGUUGCAGAACCUGAUAAAUGUACUGGAAGCCGCUAAUAAGGUUGUCUUGCAACUGAAGUGAUGGAAUUCAGAUCAUCGACAGUAUCUGCUGGUGGUGGCUCCCCAAUUGACUUGAGGAGGGGAAAAAAAAAAAGAAAGAAAUGUUCUCUGCAAAGCCAAAAGUUGUUGAUGCUGUGAAAUACUAAAGUGAGAAGGCCAUUAUGACUUGUGGCCAAAUAAACUACUAAUCCUUUGAUAAAAGUAAUAAAAUCUUGUAUCUGUUUGACCAAAAAUACAAAAAUCCAAUGUACAGUUGCUUUUAGUAGUAAAGAUUUAUAGAACUAUGGAAAAGUAUCGCUUAUGAUGUGUGUCAUAUUUGUUUUAGUUAAACUUUGGCAGUGACUGCACCAGGUGCCCGGUAAAACUAAGGUAUCUUACUUGCAUAAUAUGUUAUCCUUAUCUAAGGUGCCAUGAUAAUGAAGAACAUGAAAGAGUACUUGUAGCAUUAAUAUAUUUAUACUUGUAAAUAAUAAAUAAACACUUGAUUUUGUG